AUGGCUCCCUCUCGCCGCCACGAUAGCGAGUCAGAAGAAGAUCGACGGACCAGAAAUCACCGAGCAGACGAUGUUGAUCGUAACCGUAGGGGGAGGAGAUCACCGAUUACUUCAUCUAGCUUUUCGAAGAGAGAAGACGGCAGGCGCACAGAAAAUGGCCGCCAAAGCUCUGAGGAAUCUGAUUCGGAUGAUGGGCAUAAGCGUGUCAGUUAUAGGCAGAAACAUGGAAGGCGUGACAGCAGUCGGAGAUCUAGAAGUCCUCGCAGGCAGCGGCGACGAAAUGAACGGAGUUCUGGAAGCCCUCGCAAGCGGCGGCACAGUGGCCGAUAUAGUUCUGAUGGAUAUUCUGAUUCUGAUGGAAACCGAAAAGAUAGGAAAUCCAAAGAAGAACAUGAUAGUAGGCACCGUGAAAAGGACAGUAGCAGGAGAUCUGAAAGGUCCCGCACACACCAGGAUUACAAGCACAGGAGCCCAGACGGGGAUUCUGAUUCGAUAGGUCGGCUUGAGGAGAGAUCCAAGGAUGAAAGGAGUCGCUACAAUGACCAUAGAUCGGAAAAUCCCCUUGGCUAG